ACCCACCCCACCCGUUUUGCCCUCCCAUAAAUUUUCUCCCUUUCCACGGAUCACUCGACCUCUCUCCCCACCAAACUCCUUCCCCGUCUCCCUCCCCUCCGCCUCUUCCCUCGGAACCUCUAGCCGCCCAUCCCCCCGCGUUUCCCUCUUCCUCCUCCUCCACGCCGUCCGCGGCGCCGUCUCGGCUGUGGGAGAGCGCUGUGUCACCGAUCCGAUCGGAGGUCAAGGGGCGAGGCGAUUCCGUCAGCGAGCGCCAUGGCCGCGGCCGCCGCCGACUCCGAUCCCGCCGCCAUCUCCACCUGCGCGCACUGUCAACGAGAGAUCCCAUCUUCAAACAUAGACUUGCAUUCCGUACACUGCGCCCGUAACCUUCAAAAGUGCGAGCACUGUGGAGAAAUGGUUCCCAGGAAGUUUAUGGAUGAACAUUACAAUGAAAACCAUGCUCCGAUAAAUUGCUCUCUUUGCAAAGAAACAUUAGAACGCGAGAGCUGGGGUCUUCAUAAAAGUGAAAAGUGCCCACAAAGAAUUGUUGCCUGUAAAUAUUGCGAGUUUGAAUUGCCUGCAGUUGAUCUUCAUGAACAUCAGGAUGUAUGUGGAAACCGAACAGAAUAUUGCCAAACAUGCAGGAAGUAUAUUAGACUGCGUCAAUGGAUAGGGCAUGAAAUAGAGUGCCAUAUAAACUCUAACGGUUCUGUGGAAACAUCAAGUGCCAGAACAAUUCCAGAGAGAGAAGUGCGACCUCCGCCUCCAGCACGACCAGCACGUCCUGCUCAUGGUUCACAACACAAGCGGCUGCUCUUCACAAUUGCAGUAACUGGGAUAGCAGUUAUGAUUGGUUCAAUACUGUUCCAAAGGGACGAGAGUUUCUAGAUCUUGUAGUCAUGGAUUUCCUUUGUCGAGUUGUUUUUCGACAAGGAGAGUGAUAUGGGUGCCAUAAGGAGUUUGUUGAUGUAUAAUAACCCCUUUAAAUCAGUGGGUAAAUUUUGUUUGUUUGAGAGUACAGUGCUACAGUUCCAAGCAUGGAUUUGCCGGAAAGCAAAAUAACUAUGCAUAUAUCUGUUGUCAGUUCUGAAACAAUUUCUAUUUCUUUUUCAAA